AUGGAGCGGCGACUCGUGUGCACGCAUCGUCACGUCGUCUCGAAGGUUGACUUUCGGAGCGAAUUCGAAGAUGGUGCGAGCGACGGGAUAUCGGAGGAUGCGUUUCGGUGGGCGCACGCGUGCGUGAUGACGCGCGCGUUCCACGCCCCUAACGCGAUGUCGGAAGAUCCGUGGCGAGACCUGUGCGAGCGCACGGACUUCGUCGGGGUCUUCAUGGCGCCCGUAUUAGAUUUCGCCAAUCACAGACGCCCGCGCGAGGUCGCGUACGAGGUCACGAACGGCGAGGACGGUGAGGGAUUGGUCACGGUGACGGCGCUGAAAGAUUUCAAAGAGGGCGAUUUCAUGCGCAUCUCGUACGGCGCAAAGGACAACACGUCGCUGUUCUCGCGAUAUGGGUUUUGCGUCGAAUCGAACGUUGAGCCGGAUGGAUCGAGCAACGACGUGUUUCGCGUCGAUAAGAGCGAUUUCAGACGUUUCGUGCGCGAAAGCGACGAGGAACACGCGGAUGGUGAAGUCGUCGAGCUGAGAAUGGCAAAAACGGUAGAACACGCGGAUGGUGAAGUCGUCGAGCUGAGAAUGGCAAAAACGGUGGACUACAUGUACGCGCCUUUCGCCGAACUCCUUGACAUCGCUCGAGUGUACUUCAUUCAGAGCGAUAUUUCGUUCGCUCAGAUUUGCGCCGACCAAGACGCGCCGGCGGAACGCGACGACGCCGUCUGGGAUCGCGACGAGGACGUUUUCGGCCUCGAAGGUGGCGAAGCCGACGACGCGGAUGAGGCGAACGCUCUCAUGUACGGCGAUAUUGAUGACGCUGAUAACGAAGAUGCCAACGGCGCUGGCGAUGAAGAUUACACCGAUGCGUUCGCGUCACGCGCCGAUGACGCCGCGCGUCUGCGCGUCGAAGUCAAAUCACUUCGAGCGUUAGCGGAGUACUUGUCGACGCUUCAGCUGGAGCGCAAAGAAGACGAACCGUCGACGGACGCCGAUACAAAGCCACUGUCGGCAUACGUACUUCACCAGCUGAAGAUUUGGCGAUUUUUGCGUCGGCGUACGUUGGACACGUACGCGCUCGCCGCGCGGCAACGCGCGGACGACCUGCUCGUCAAAACUUCCGGAUUGGAGGAUCGUCGCCCGCACAAGCGCGCAAAGAACGCAUCCGACGAUGACGACAGUUUCAAACUCACCGAGUCUCAGCGCGUCGCGUUCGCCGCGCUCGAUGCUCGCUUGGAGGACGACGCGGAGGCGAAGAGCGCCGCCGGCGUCAUCUGCGACGCUCGCGCGCGCGUACACGGAGUCCUCUUCGAUUCAACUUGA